CCUUUGACGAGUCUGUCUCAUUCUACACCCGCUUUCCUCACUGAGGUCUCCCGGUUACCCCACUCCCUUGGUAGCUCCUGCUCUCCUCCCUCCCCAUCCUAACCCGUCUGGUGUGUCUCACGUUACUCUUCUUCCGUCGGUUGCUCCGGCAGAGGAGUCGGUUGACCCUAGGGGCCCUGCAGCUCAGGGUCCGCCGCUUGUCUCCGCCCCAAUGUCUCCUCCAUCGCCACCAUCGCACGUUCUCACCCUAUGUUUCUCCGUUGUCACGUGUCUCAUGCUCCUCUUCUCCCGUCGUCUCCUCAGUCUUCCCUUGUGAUCUCUGCGCCUCCUCUCUCUCACUAUCUCCGUGCUGCUAGUCCUCUUGUUCCUUGGGUCCUCGCCUCUCUUGUCACCGACCCAUCCGUUCCUGUCUCUAGACUUGACGCUCUUGUCGCUGUUGUCGCUGACUUUUACUCUACCCGCUGCCUUGACUACGUCACUGCUCCGGUCUCUAACCCUGUCUGUCCUCCGUCUGUCGAGGGUGUUAGUAUUAAGGACGGAGUCUAGGUGUGCUUAGGAGCUAGAAUUACUCAAAAUAUAAAUCCGAAAUUCUGGACAGAAAAGUCGUCUCCACAAGAAACGUCGUCGACAAAAAACUAGUCGUUGGAAUGUCGCGAAACUCGGAUAUGUUGUAGCUCGUAAUCUCGGAUACCAUUCCCAAUUCGAAUCACAUCGAUUAAUUGAGUAUUCGAGACGCUAUGUCUUUCGACGCAUAGGGGGGUAUGCUGUAGGAGAAGAGCUUAACUCAAUCUCAAAAGUUCAAUCAAGGUUCAAGAAUCUCACAAGGAAUUGGAGGAGCAAGAGAAAGGUUUUGAAGGGAAGAGAGGGAUGAGAGAGAAGGUCCCAAGAGAGUCCCCAACCAAGGAAACCCCAUAAGCACAAAGAUUCCCUCCCUAUAGGAACCCCAACUUUGACCUUUGUCCCUUCCCAACCAAUCCAACCAAGUUGGCCACCCUUGCCAACCUAGCUUGGUUGUUCCCAACCAAUUUGCAGCUCCUACAGUAGAGUGACAAAUUUUCCCAACCCCAAAGGUCCCAAAUCCAUAUUGAGUCACCCCACAACUUCACUUCGUAACUGCCGCAAUUGUAACGCAAGCUCAUGAACUUUGAAUCUUCAUAGCUUUCGCGUUCUUGCUCCGAUUGAAGGGAUUCUCGUUGCGUCGGAAAGAUCUUCUCAAGAUCUAUCAUCACAAAAUACCUGCUCAAACAAAAUAACACAAAACACAUUCCCAAACUCCAGAAAACACCAUACACAAAUUCUUGCACACGUUCAAAUCACACAUGCAAGUUGAAAACAUGGGAUGGGAGGCAGACAGAAUGUGAUAGCAUAUGAUGACAUCACACAACAGAGGGUGCACCUGCUUUUGGCAGUGACGUAUUAGAGGACAGACAGUACGAGCUAGCUUUCCUGUCCGAGGCCGCUCCUCAUCUCUGCUCCAUGCUACUAGUCCUUGAGGGUGACCCAGACGCACUUGACAUCUCGACCCCUCGCACAUACGCUGAGGCGACCUCGGGACCCUGGGCCUCUCAGUGGAUACUUGCUAUGGACGCGGAGAUGGCAUCUUGGAGAUCCACUGGCCCCUACGUCGAUGCAGUUCCCCCACCUGGGGCGAACGUAGUCGAUGACCGGUGGCUCUUCAAGGUGAAGCGCCCUCGUGGAGAGCCGCGUGUAUUCAAGGCGCGCUACAUUACUAGAGGCUUCAGUCAGCGCGAGGGUGUUGACUUGUUUCAGACCUUCGCCCCGACCUUGAAGAUGACUACUCUUCGGGCGCUUCUUCACAUAGCAGUAUAGCGCGACUACGAGCUGCACUCUCUCGACUUCUCCACAACGUUUCUACAGGGCAGUCUGCACGAGCAGGUUUAUCUGCACUGUCCGCCAGGCUUCACUGCCACCUUCGCCCCUGGGACCGAGUGGCUCCUCCGGCAUCCGGUUUACGGCAUGCGGCAGGCGCCCCAUGAGUGGCAUGACACGCUGCGUGCUACGCUAGCUGACCUACAGUUCUUCCCGUCCUCUGCCGACCCUUCGCUCUUCGAUCGCUUAGGCCAGAAUCCGUUCUACAUCCUUGUCUACGUAGAUGACCUGGUCUUCGCUACUGCAGACACAGACGCACUGGCCUUCAUGAAGGCUGAGCUGCUGAGGAGAGACACCUUCACUGACCUACGAGAACUACGCCGCUGCCUUGGCCUGCAGAUUUCCCGGGACAGAGUAGCGCACACCAUCACUCUCACAUAGUCACACUUGGUGCACCAGAUCCUUUAGAGGUUCGGUCUUCAGUUCUCCUCCGCACAGCCUACACCUCUGCUAGUAGAUCCCAGGCUAUCGACUCCAGUCCUUGACGAGUUGGUAGAGCCUAGUGGUCCAUACGCUGAGCUGGUGGGUUGCCUCAUGUACCUGAUGAUCUGCACUCGUCCAGAUCUCACAUACCCUCUCAGUAUCCUUGCUCGCUUUGUGGUGAUAGGCAGACACCGACCACAACACUGGUCGGCCUCUAAGAGAGUUUUGCGUUAUCCGGCAAGUACAUCGGGCAUGGGGCUAGUGCUAGGAGGACGCAUGCCGGUGGUCCUUCGUGGACGGACGAUGCUGAGUCGCUCUGCUCCUCCCACGGCUACUGCUGUAGCCUUGGUGCAGGCGCUAUCUUGUGGAGGUCCACCCGCUUGUCGUCUGUUGCACAGUCUAGCUGUGAGGCUGAGAUCUACGCUGGUGCCAUGGCGGCACUAAAGCUCCGCUGGCUGAAGUUCUUGCUCACUGACUUAGGUUAGUGGCCUAGCUCUGCCCGGUCCUGUAUGUUGACAACAGGGCCAUGAUCCUCCUGUGUUAGGAGCCUUAUCUGGAGUGCAGAGCGAAGCACAUCUAGCUGCGGUACUUCCUCCUGCACGAGCUACAGCAGCGCCCCAGGCCCGCAUAGUACACUUGGUCUCCGGUGCCAACACAGCUGAUAUCUUUAUUAAGGCGCUUGCGCCUAAAGAUCAUCAGCGGCACUGUGUACAGCUUGGUCUAGUUCUAGUAGCUCCUCACUUAGUAGGACCCUGACUGUGUACGACUAUUUUUUUAUUCUCUUAACUAGCCUUGUGGCUUUUGUUCCAGUUCCAGACUAGUAAUGCCGCCCUGGGUUGCUCUUGUCAAGUUUGUACUCUUAUGACUGGUCUUUAGACCCUUGCCUCAGAGGUUGGACUAGUAUUGCCGCCCCUGAGCUGUGUGUCUCUUGCUAGGCACUGCCCCUUGUCUAGCCUUGGGGGUGUGUCAACAUAUAUUCAUAUGUUGUUAUAGGCUAGAUAGGUGCGUGCUCAUAGAGAGUACAACACACUAGCAUAAAACCACCUUGUAUGCUCGUUUUGUAUUCAAUCCGUUAUUCUAAGACCACAUACAUUUUGUGUUGGUGCAACCCUAUGGCUUGCACUCGGCUUGUCGUCCUUGUUUGUGUGUGUGCAUGCAUGGCAUGGAAUGAAUUCUGAGUCUAUGUCAUUGCUAUCCAAUGCUUGUGUGUGUGUUUGAAUGGUGUAUCACAAUGUGGUUUGUGUCGGUCAAGACAUUAGCGGGUUUUUACAACUCGCAUGUCAAGUCGUCGUUUGUGUGUCGCAUGUGUUUUUUCUACUUUGUCGAGUGUGAAGUGUCCAUCGUGUCGCAGGUGUGUGCAGCAAGCCCCCAUCAACUCAAGAAGAAUUUAUUUUGCAGAUCCAAGACCAAGAGCUCAAGAUUUCAAGCCCAAGGGACGCGGAUAAAUAUUAAAUAGUGAAAAUAGUAACGCUACUUCGUGUAGUGUUACAUUUCACUCGGUGUAGCCCCUUGGAGGGUUGGUUUCGAGACUCUUCGUGGUUGGGGACUCUGUGGUGGUGUAACACCAACCAGGACCUCGGCUCUUGGGGUAUGUAGAGGCUGGGAACCAUCUCCCUCUCGAAUUCUUCUUCCUAAGUUUUUUGUACUCCUAAGACUAUAGUGGCUGCUGUACCUCCUACCAGUCAAACCGCCAUAGCGUCGUCAAAUCUUCAUGGAAUUUCAUGAUUCAACUUGCUGCUGAUAGACGACAGCAACGCGCUUCAUUUCCAAUUUGUAGAUUACCGUUUAAGUCAGCGAGAAGAUCGUUAUCAAUAUUUGAAGCCGUCUGACGGAAAUCCGACUGUGCUCUCUAUCUCUCAUUAUAGGCACAUCUGAGCCUAUUGUGACAAUAACAAGUGGUAUCAGAGCUCCUUGGAGCCGUAUCGACCAUGCCUAGGCCUGAGGAAGAGGGUGGCA